GGCAAACUCAUGGUUCCUAGUCGGAUUCGUUUCUGCUGUGCCACAACAGGAACUCCUAUCACGUAUGUUUUAUUAUGUAACUUUUAAAUGUUAAGUGGUCCUAAAUUGCUCAACCUUUGCAAUCAGAGAACUACUACCAAGGAGUCUUACGUUGCUGAUUGUACUGCAUCGUUAGAGCAGAGGACUCUAAGUGAUGGUUUCCAAUAAGAGUCCCCCUGCCCCCCAAAAAUAAUAAUAAAUAAGGAGUUCCCUGGUGGCCUAGUGGUUACAGGAUCCAGCAUUGUCACUGCUGUGGCUCGGAUUUGAUCCCUGGCCCAGGAACUGCUGUAUGUUGAGCAUGUGACCAAAAAGAAAGAAGUAACAAACAAACAAACAGUUGGGGGUGGGGGAGUUUUCUGCAAAGUACGCCUCGUUAAGUAGAAUCACACCUGUGGGCAUUAUUAAACCUUCACAGUAGAGGUGAAGGGCUGAGGCAUUUCCAUUGAUUUAGUAGAGGAGCCCUUCUCCCAGCCCUGAAGGUGUCUGAUUCCACCAUUUGCUUAUGAUGAAGCUGAAAGCUACGCAGACCUGGAAAAUGCAAAUGCCAUCCCUAAGAAGCAAAUCCUCGCCAGAGUAUCUCUUUCUUAUUUGACUGUCCUGGAAUUACAUCGAGAUAUAAGCAAAUGUCUGCCAUCUUCCCACCCCACUGCCCUUACUGUUUGAGUUAUGUCCCCCAGAGGGUUCUAAUCUAGUUGAAGAAUCAUAGAAAACUUGAAUAAUCCAAACUAUCCACAGAUCUGAAUUUUUUUCUCCUCGAAAUGCUGGCGUCUCACCACACUGGCUACCUUCUGUUGGCAGUGAUACAGUUUCUCAUCGGGGUUUUAGUCAAUGGUACCAUUGUGGUUGUGAACGGCAUUGACCUGAUCCAACGGAGAAAGCUGAACCCGCUGGCUCUCCUUAUCUCCUGCCUGGCGAUUUCCAGGAUUGGUCUUCAGUUUGUCCUUUUUUGCGCUACCCUGGCUGGUCUUUCCUUGAUCGGAUUCCUCCAACUUGCUGAGAGGCCUGCAAUUUUCCUCUUUGUCAAUGAAUCGGGACUUUGGUUUGCCACAUGGCUGAGUGUUUUCUACUGUGCCAAGAUUGCCACCAUCCCUCACCCAAUCUUCUCAUGGUUGAAGAUGAGGAUAUCCAGGUUGGUCCCUUGGCUGAUUCUGGGGUCCCUGGUAUAUGCAUUUAGCAUAUCUGUUUUCCAGAGCAAACGUAAAUGGAUAUUUUCCAAAGAAGACCUCCUGGCCCUUCUGUCCCCAAAUGCAACAAAUCCCUUCAAAGAAAUGCCUCCUUUAAAGUUGGCCUUUCUUUCCAUUGAGCUUGGCUUGCCAUUACUUAUCUUCCUUAUUUCUGUUGUGCUCUUAAUAUAUUCCCUGGGGAGACACACGCAGCAGAUGAGAAACACAGCGAUGGGCCCCAGGGGCCCUCGCACCCGUGUGCACGUCAGCGCCCUUCUCUCCAUCCUGGUCUUCCUGGGUCUCUACGUCUGCCACUACACGGCAGCAGUUUUGUUCUUUUUUCAAAUUUUCAAACUUUCAAGCCUCAGAUAUUUCUUCUGCCUCUUGGUGAUUGGUUCCUACCACACUGGACACUCUGUUAACUUAAUUUUAGGAAAUCCUAAACUGAAGCAGAUUGGGAAGAAGUUGCUCCUGCACAGGAAGUGCUGUCAGUGAUCCAGAACUUUGGUCUCUUCAAAGAAUGGGCAGUGCGUUAGCACACCCCAGCCCAGCAAAGAUGUCCCUUCAUCAACACACAGAACAUCAUCCAAAGACUGUUUGUCCAACCUGAGAUGUGUUUAUGGAUUUGCUCCUUUUUCAAAGGGUUACACUGACUUUCAAAUAAACACCACGUGUUGCUGGAUUACAUCCAUGUCCGCAUCCUCGCUGAGACCUUGCAGUCUCAUCUUGCAAGAUGAUAGCUAAUUGGGGAAGACUGGAUAAGCCGAACAGGGAUCUUCCUUCAUGAUUUCUUACAACUGCAUGUGAAUCUACAAUGAUGUCAAAAUCUUAAAAAGUCUAAAGGAAAAGAAAAGCACGUUCAAACUCGUGAUGUCAGAAGGGUGCACCAAUGUCGUAGGUACCCCAUUCUUAGAUGAUUUAUCCUGCCCUAAAGGGCUGACUGCUCAUGUCUUGUCUACCUGGAUAUUAUUUCUGCUCUGUUUGUUAGAGUCACAGACAUAAAUCCAUUUUUCCUCAUCAGAUCAGAGAGGAAGCCGAAGACAGGCAGGUCUUUUCUGCCCUUGUAAGCAGAUUCACCUGCUCCAUACUGCCAAGAUCCUAGAUGCCAUGGUGACGUGUCCCAUCAACUGAUAGAAAGGCAGACAGGUGGAAGAGGAAGAGGAAUCCAUUCUCCCUCAUUGGACACACUGAACAGACAAUAGCUUGCAAAGCUAUUUCAUUCGGAAUGUGUGGGCUCAGCUUUGGGACCCUUUCAAAGGAUGGUGGCAAUGUGGAACUCCUAGCAUGUUGCAUGUCUUCCCAACGAAGCAACAUCAGUUGGUGGGUGGGCUGGGGGUGUCUCCAUCUGCUUGAAAUCACAAAUGCAUUUUCCAUUUGGCUGAUGAUGUGGGAUGUUAAGAAGUAUAUCUAUUAUUUGUAAACCAACUUCAGAACCCUCUUGCUUCCAGGAAACAAAAGCUCUUUCUCAUUUUGGCUAUAGCCUCUAGUUCAUGUGUGAUGAUAGAAAAUGUGUUUAGGUUUGGGUUUGCCAAUCGCCAGUAAUGUGGGUCCCCAUAUAGGUUUACAAACCCAUGACAGGCAGGCCUGGUUGUAUUAAACGGAGGUCUCUGCUUCGGAAGAGCCAGGAAAGUAGUAUUCAGCUUCUUGGGUGUGGGAAAGCUCUGAGCCUACUCCCUCUUCCCACAGAGGAAGGAGCCAAAAUAAUCUGCUUCAUUGUCCUGCUAUUCUGUUUUCCCAUGUCCCAGUAGGUGGGAAGAUUUCUAGCUAAUUGUGCACUCAGGUGGCCAGCUCUGGGAAGAGCAGUUGUGUCCUGGAGGCGGUGAUUGCGCCUACUUUGGGAGGGGACAGCCCUUUCAUUUUCUGUACAUCUCAAGUUCAGAUGCUCUCUCUUUCAAUCACGGUAUAUAGACUUGUAAGUGGAGAGAGGGAGAGUCGGAGCUAUUUCAGAUAUUCAGUGGAAAACUCGUAAAUAUAUAGUUUUCAUGUGUGUGUGUGUGUGUGUGUGUGUGUGUGUGUCUACUCAGAUGCUAAAUUCUCAUUCAAUUUCAUGCAACUCCUGCUUUGCUAAUGCUGGUUAAUGAGAUGAAGGUGAUAGUAUGAUUGUUUGGAUACCCAAAAGUUACCAAGAGUUACAGAAAAGCUAAUGCAUGCUGAAGCAAACUCUUCUAGAAACGCUUUCACAGUAUACUUUCCUAGAGACCUGCUCCUUCCCGAGAUGUUGCCUAGGCAUCACAUUGAUGAAUAUUGCGUGAGACACGAAUUGCUCCAUCACCAAAGUGAAAUGGACUCAGGCUUUUGUUCCUCUGGAGCUGCCCUCAUGUGGACUCUCUAGCCUUGACAAAGUGUUGUCCUGUUCAUUUAGCAGGGGGUUAGCCUCUACAGUGCUCUAAGGCAUCAUCCUCCCCCCGCCUCUGCAUUUUUUUGUGACGGGGCUGGAUACCGUUGCCCCAGGAGCCUCAUUAUGGGAUCACAUGCCCAUGGGUCAGGCCAGAGGCCUGCUGGCUGCAGGAUGAGGUGUGGUCCACCCUCCCUCCACGUCCUGCUCAGUCGGCAGCAAAGGGGAUGGGCAACAAGGCAGGCAGGAUCUUACUGAAAAGGGGGCCAGCAAUAGCAUCCAAUUCCAUUUCAGAGAGAGGUUUGAGGAACACCCCCAAACCAGACGAGGAGUGUCACCAUGUUGCUGCCCACGCUCCAUUCUGAAAUUGACCAAGCUCUCGGGAUUCUCCACCUUUUCUGUCACCUAAGAUAGUGACUGCAACCAAGAUGGCUCAAUCUGUGUGCUUCUCUCUCUUUUUUAUUUUAUUUAUUUAUUUUAAUUUACGGCCACGCCCGUGGCAUAUGGAAGUUCCCGGCCCAGG